UAAACUCCCUAGAGAAAAUAAAAAUUUCAGUAUUAUAAAAUAUUUGCAAAAUGGGUAGUAAGCCCAAAGCGGUAUUAAAAGCGAAAUUUGACAAUAAAUAUCAAUAUGAUUUGAAAACACCUGCCGAUUUUGAAACGGCCAUCACAGCCACCGGUUUUGGAUGGUUUAAUAUUUUAUUGCUGCUGGUGGGAUGUCCAGCGGCUAUAGCUUCAGUGUUUGAGACAGCAGUUGUUUCCUAUGUGUUACCAAGUGCCGAAUGUGAUUUGGGUUUGGAUCUCUUGGAUAAAGGAAUACUCAAUGCGAUGACAUAUUCUGGUAUGAUUACUUCAGCUAUUGCUUGGGGUUAUGUAGCCGAUACAAGGGGAAGAAAAGCUAUAUUGGUUUGGGGACUUUUAGCUGAUGUUAUAUGUGUACUAUGCUGUGCCCUAAGCCAGAGUAUUAUUCAAUUAAUGAUUGCCAAGUUUAUUGGAGGUUUGGUCAUGGGUGGUCCUUUUGCUGUUCUGAUGACCUAUCUCAUGGAGUUCCAUAAUAAUAAAUACCGGGCUCGUGUGAUGAUGUGUAUUGGUAUAAUGUUUUCCAUGGCCUCACUGUCAAUGCCAAUAUUGGCCUAUUUGGUGCUGCCACAAAAUUGGGAUUUUCAAAUGUGGGAUUUGAAAUAUCACUCUUGGCAAAUCUAUUUGGCCAUAAGUGCCACGCCAAGUCUUUUAAGUGGUGUAGCUUUAAGUUUCUUUCCCGAGAGCCCAAGAUUUUUAAUGUCUCAAGGACGUACAAUAGAAGCUUUGAAAGCCUUUCGCACUAUGUAUGCCUUGAAUACGGGCAAGCCAAAGGAUACUUAUCCGAUAACAAAACUAAUUGAUGAACUCUCGGCUUCUAAUGAUCAAAAUUUUGAGGAGAUAAGUAUUUCUACAAUUGAACCAGUAACCAAAGAUCCAGUUAAGGAUGUAGAAGAACAACUCAAAACAAAGGAUCCCAGUCCUUUCUUGGCUUUGUUUCAAAAACCUUAUUUAAAAUUGUCCAUCAAUGUUUAUAUGCUUAAUUUUUGCAUAUUAUUGGGGCAAAAUACUAUGCGGCUAUGGUUGCCUCAGCUGUUUGCAUCGCUAAGGGAAUUUCAAGAACUCUCUGCGGAAUCAAUGCACAGCAUGUGUUCUAUAUUAGAAUACAAUGUUAAUAAGACAGGUCUGGUCAAAGAAACGUCUGAAACGUGUUCAGUGAUUAUCACUUCCGAUUCAUACACCAAUAAUAUUAUUGUAGCUGGAGCAUGUUUUGUAGCGUUUCUAUUGGCUAGCUCCUUAAUUAAUAAGCUUGGUCAUAAACGUCUUCAAAUUGGAGCCUUAAUGAUUUCUGGCUCAUGUGGCUUUGCUUUAUACUGGUCUAGUACAACUAUAUCAACACUAGUAAUAACAUCACUAUAUGCAUGUAUGGGGAGUUUAGCUGCCACCUCAGCAGUUGGUACUUCCACAGUUUUGUUUCCAACAUCAUUAAGAACAAUGGUUGUUUGCGUGGCUUUAAUGUUUGGUCGUAUUGGUUCCAUUUUUGGCAAUAUCCUCUUUCCUGUAUUUAUGUCUUUCGGCUGCAUACCACCGUUCCUUAUGGUAGGAGGUGUUAUGUUCAGAUUCAGAACAAAUAUACUUUUUAACUCUUUUUUGAAAUUAGAAGCAAAUUUCAAACAUUUCAUAAUGAGUUCUAUGACAAAAGAUAAUUGCCAAAUUAGCAAUAAUAAUAUUAACAACUAUGGAGAAAUAGAGGCUCCCGCCGAUUAUGAGACUGCAGUUAAAGCAUGUGGUUUUGGACGUUUCAACAUACUACUCCUAAUGGUGGCAUUACCAGCUGUUAUGGCUACAAUAAUUGAGACAGCUGUGGUCUCAUACAUUUUGCCCAGCGCAGAAUGUGAUCUCAAUUUGGAUCUUCUGGAUAAGGGGAUACUCAAUGCCAUUACAUACUGUGGUAUGAUUAUUUCAGCUAUAGGUUGGGGUUACCUAGCUGACAUAAAGGGUCGAAAAAAUUUACUUAUUGUUGGAUUUUUACUUGAUGUCGUCUGUGUAAUAUGUGGAGCAUUGAGUCAAAGUAGAACUCAACUGAUGAUAGCAAAAUUUUUUGGAGGAUUUGUUAUGUGUGGUCCUUUUGCUGUUUUAAUGUCCUAUCUAUCGGAGUUUCAUGGAACCCAUUAUCGAGCACGCAUUAUGAUGACAAUCGGUGUAAUGUUUUCUAUGGGUUCAAUUAUGUUACCAGUAUUGGCGUUAACAAUUCUUCCUAAUGAUUGGAAUUUUGAUAUACUCAAUAUGAACUUUGUACCUUGGAAAAUCUAUUUGGCUGUAUGCGGUCUACCAAGUUUACUGAGCGGUAUCCUUUUGUGUUUCUUUCCUGAGAGUCCCAGAUUUCUAAUGUCACAGGGAAGAAAUGACGAAGCGUUAAAAGCAUUUAGGACAAUGUACUAUUUAAAUACGGGAAAAUUAAGGGAUACAUAUCCAGUCAAAAAUCUUAUCAAUGAAGUGAAACAAAAGGAAGUUGCAGACAACAUGAGUGUAGCCACCAUAGAAACUCUUGUAAUCGAAGCAGAUCGCCAAACCAAUUUGGAAGCCAGCAACAAUAAUAUUGGAGAUGUUAAAUUGACCAAAGCCCCAAAUGCCUUUAGGGUGUUGUGCUUUAAACCCUACUUGAGUUUAUGCUUUAGAGUUUGCCUCAUGCAAUUCUUUAUUUUACUAGGACAGAACACAAUUCGUCUUUGGCUUCCUCAAUUGUUUGCUUCGCUUAAUGAAUAUCAACAAAUUUCCAACGAAACAACCAGUAUGUGUACAAUUUUGGAAUAUAGUGUCAAUAAAACGCAACUGCUGAAAAAUCCAACAGAUGAAUGCACUGUGAUCAUAACUCCUUCCACCUAUAGCAAUAACAUAAUUGUGGCCUGUGCGGGAUUUGUUACAUAUUUAGUGGCUGGAUCUCUUAUAAACGCUGUGGGAAAUAAACGAAUUCAAGUUAUUGGUUUAAGCAUUGCUGGAACAUCUGGCCUAGCUCUGUAUUGGUCUUCAUCAGCUAUAGCAACGUUGAUAUUAACAUCACUAUAUGCUUCGCUGGGUAGUAUGUCGGCUACCUCAUCUAUUGGGACCUCAGUUAAUCUUUUCCCAACUUCCUUAAGAACUUUGAUAGUUUCCUUAGCAAUGAUGAUCGGUCGUAUGGGCUCUAUAUUGGGUAACGUUCUAUUUCCAAUUUUUAUGUCUUUGGGAUGUGUACCGCCUUUCGUUAUGGUCGGAGUUGUAAUGUACCUUGGCUGUUUGAUAGCGGCAUUUCUACCGAGUACAAAUAAAUUAGAUCUUAAGUAAAUAACUAAAAAUAUGUGAAGAGAAGUAAAACUAUAAUAAAUUAUUCAAUGACAAUAAAAACGAA